AUGGAUAGUAUUGGUAGAAUAGUAAUACCUGGGGAUUGCGUUGCAUCCACUUCAAAGACACUUCUUAAUGGUUAUGGCAUUUAUAAACAUGAAGGAGUGCUAUAUGCGAGUCUAAUGGGCAAAUUGGAACAGAUAAACCAGCUGAUUUAUGUUAAACCGCUUAAGGGGCGUUAUAUGGCUCAAGUUGGUGAUAUAGUUGUUGGUAGAAUUGAUGAAAUUGUUGGUAAUAAAUGGAUGGUUGAAAUUGGAAGCGUUGAACGGGCUCAAUUAUCAAUUUUUCAAGUCAACUUAAGUGAACUUAGUGGAAGAAGGAGGUUGAACGAAGACCUCUAUGAUAUGAGUAACAUUUUUGCCCUAGAUGAUUUAAUCUCAUGCGAAGUACAGCGAAUUAUGGCUGAAGGAACUGCACUCCUUCAAAUUAGAUCAGAUAAAUUGGGGAAACUUAAAAAUGGAAUAGUACUUACAGUUCAACCGUAUUUGAUAAAAAGGCAAGCUAAACACAUAUACAUUUUUGACUUUGGUGUAAAAAUUACACUUGGUUGUAAUGGAAAGAUCUGGUUAAGCUCCAGUGAUACUAAUGACGCUCCUUCGUAUGGCGAUAGACAAAAUAUUAGUAUCAUUAGAGCUAUCAUACAAACUAUUGCAUCGCAUUACAUAAUCAUUCAUUUUGAUAUGAUUAGUGAAAUGUAUAAAAUGUUUAUAAAGAAGAAUUACAAGAUUCAAAAUUUUGACAUUUUUAUCCAAGGAACUGAGUUACUCAAGGAAUAUCUAUCCUUAGCUUAG